AUGGAGAAUCCACAAACAUCCAAAGACAAUUAUGUCCUCAAUGCCAUGGUACUAGGUGCCAACUUGGUGUUUCCUGCAGUUCUUAAUGCUGCAAUGGAACUCAACUUGUUUAACAUUAUUGCCAAAGAAAUUAGCUCACAAGAUGAUAACAAUAAAGGUGGAUUCAUUUCAACUUUUGAAAUUGCUUCAAAGUUAUCAACACAACACUCUGAGUUGCCAAAUAGGCUCGAUCGUAUGUUGCGCUUGCUUGCUAGCUACUCUCUUUUGUCUGUAUCAACUCGAACCAAUGAUGAUGAUGGUAACAUUGUUAGAUUUUAUGGAAUCACAUCUUUGGGAAAAUACUUUGUUAGUUAUGACAACAAUGAUGAUUAUUUGGGCUCAAUGAUAUCAUACAUGUGUCACCCUACUCUCUUAGGAGUGUGGUUGAAUCUCAAGGAAACAAUUAUGGAGUCAGAGAUUGAUCUAUUCAAAAAAGUCCAUGGAAUAUCUAUCUAUGAUUAUUUUGAAAAAGAUCCACAAAUAAACGAAAUAUUUAAUAAAUCAAUGACUGAAACAUGUACAGCUCAUAUGAAAGGAAUCCUUGAAAUAUACAAAGGAUAUGAAGGACUAACAACACUAGUUGAUGUAGGAGGUGGAAAUGGACAAAGCCUCAAAAUGAUUUUGUCUAAAUAUCCAUCAAUAAUCAAGGCAAUCAAUUUUGAUCUUCCUCAAGUGAUUGAAAAUGCACCACCCUUUUCAGGUAUUGAACAUGUUGGAGGAAAUAUGUUUGAAUGUGUUCCACAAGGAGAUGCCAUAAUGCUUAAGUUUGUGUGCCAUAAUUGGUCGGACGAAAAAUGCUUAGAAAUUUUAAGCAAUUGUCACAAAGCUUUGCCUCCAAAAGGUAAAGUCAUUCUUGUGGAGUUCAUAUCACCAGAAGAUUCAGAAUCAACAAAUAUAUCUUAUAAGCUGACUUCAACUAUUGAUAUGAUGUUUAUCACUACUGGUGGAAGGGAAAGAACCCUAAAAGAAUAUGAAAAUUUGAGUAAAAGCUCUGGAUUUUCUAAACUUGAAGUUGUUUGUCUUGUUUUCUCUAUCCUUGGAGUGAUACAAAUAAAUAAUUAUAUAAUUUCAAUAGUAGUUGGUCUUGCAUGCCAAUUUUAUUAA